AUGUUGGCCCUGCCGUAUGCCGACGUGGACGCCACCCUCCGCGGCCUCGCCAGCCGGGCCGAGGGCUUCGGCCGCGCCACAGUCGGCGGCCUCCAUGGAGAAGUGUACCGCGUCACGACCUUGGCAGAUAAUGGCUGCGGCUCGCUUCGUGAAGGAUGCCGGAAAAGUGAACCACUGUGGAUAGUAUUCGAAGUUUCAGGAACAAUUCAUCUGCAGUCGCGCUUGAUGGUGUCAUCGUUCAAAACAAUUGAUGGGCGCGGACAGAGGGUUAAAAUAACCGGCAAGGGCUUACUCCUAUACCAGUGUGAGCAUGUCAUCGUUUGCAAUUUGGAAUUCGAAGGUGGUAGAGGGCCCGAUGUCGACGCGAUUCAAAUUAAACCCAACUCGAGACAUAUUUGGAUCGACCGUUGCAGCCUGCGUGAUUAUUCCGACGGCCUAAUUGAUAUCACUCUUGGAAGUACAGAUGUAACUGUUUCAAGAUGUCGCUUCUCAACGCACGACAAAGCAAUGCUUAUCGGAUGCAGUUGCAGCGAUAUCAUGGAUAGAUGUAUUCGUGUGACGGUUCAUCACUGCUUCUUCGACGGCACGCGUCAACGACAUCCUCGUGUCAGAUUCGGCAAAGUACACCUCUAUAACAAUUAUACAAGAAACUGGGGCAUAUAUGCUGUUUGUGCCAGUGUAGAAUCACAGCUUGUGUCUCAGUGCAACGUUUACGAAGCAGGAGAGAGGAAGUUGGUCUUCAUGUAUUUGACAGAGAAGCCAGCGGAUAGAGAAGAAGGCGCAUGUGGAUGUAUAAGAUCCGAAGGGGACCUCUUUCUGAAUGGUGCCCAGUCCUGUUCACCAGGAGGUACAGAAGCACUUCCCCCAAAAGCAGCUGCAGAAACACAAACGGUCUUCGACUUCCGGGAUUUCUACGAAUCAUGCUCCAUUCAACCUGCGUCGGUUGAACUCAAGGAGGCUCUGCAGCUAUGCACAGGUUGGCAACCGAUUCCGAGACCAUUAGAUGGUAUCACUACUAAGAAUAAUGUAACAGCGUGA